AUGGAUGGCCUGGAAAGCAUCCUGGUUUCAUCUUCUGCAUCAUCACCAACCGAAACAGGUCACCGAAUUAUGAAGCCGACCGUCUCACUAACAUAUCAUAACAAUCAGCUACUGAACCAGGCAGACCACUAUGGAGGAAUUGUCCUGGAACCAGCGUCACGGUUGUUCAAUUCACCAUCCGUUAUACUCAGUGAUUUUGGCUCUGUCGACUGUAAGUCUUGCUGA